AUGGGAGGAGCAACGGGGGAGGACGCGGGGAAGGGGGAAACAGCGCAGGUGGCGGGGGAGGACGCGGGGAAGGGGGAAACAACGCAGGGUGCGGGGGAGAACGCGGGGAGCGGGGCGGCAACAGCGCCCGGGGCGGGGGAGAACGGGGGAAGCGGGGCGGCAACAGCGCAGGGGGUGGGGGAGGAGCGGGGCGAGGCGGCGACAGUGCACGGAGUGAUGCGGGAGGGAAUGGCGGUGCUGAUUGACGUGAACGGCGAAAAGGCGUCCUUCGCCAUGCUGCAGCGCAACAGGUGCGCCUCGCCGCUUCUGUCCCCUCUCUCCCCAUCUCCCUUCUCAUUUGCCACCUCCGCUUCUCCUCUCUUUCUUCUUCCCUCUCUCCCUCUUCCCCCGCUUCCCCGCCUUUCCCCAUUUCCCCCCUCCUCCCCAUCCCCGUUUCUUCGCUCCUUCCUCCUGCUUCUUCGCAUGCGCUCUUGGGCAAUAGCAGUGCUCCCUUGCGCCCCUCAUAGGCCCCUUUCGUCUCUCCUUCUUCUCCCCUUCAUCAUCUCUUCUUUCCCUGCCAACUGUUUCCCAUUUCCUCCUUCCCUCAUGCCCGAAUUCCCCCAUUCCCCCCUCCUCCCCUCUCCACGCCCCCACCCCCCCAGCACGGUGCGAGUGGGCAAGCAGCAGUGCUCCCUCGCGCCCCUCAUACCGCUCACGGUGCGAGUGGGCAAGCAGCAGUGCUCCCUGGCGCCCCUCAUAGGCUGCCCCUUCGGGUCGGUCUUUGAGCUGCGCAUGGGGGGCGACGAGGGCGCAGAGGGGGGCGGGGGGAAGGGGGGAGGAGGAGAGGGGGAAGGCGGAGAGGGGAGCCAAGCGAAGGACGCGGGAGGGGAGGGGGAGGAUGAUAAGGGCGAUGGGGGGAAGGGCGGAAGGGGGAAAUGGGGUGGCAGGGGGGGAGGAAGAGGUGGAUGGGGGAGGGGAGGGGGAGGGGGGAGAGGAGGACGGAGGCCGCAGCUGGUGCGAGUGUCAAAGGAGCAGCUGAGGGAAGCAGAGAUGGGUGCUGCAGAGGGCAGCAGCGAUGGGGUGAAGGACAAUCGCAAUCUGAUUGACGAUAACACGGCGCAGAAGCUAUCGGCCAGUGAGAUUGAGGCACUCAAGAGGCAAGCAGCAUCGGGGCAUGAGGUGGUGCGGGCUCUGGCGGCCAACAGCGUCUCCUUCCACACCAAAACCGACUUUGCCCAGGAGAAGUAUCUGAGGAAGAAGCAGAAGAAGCACGCUCCCCGCCUGGUCGCCCGCUUUCCCACAGCUGACAGCGUGUGUGAGGCAUACUUCGCCAAGGCGCCUGCCAGGAUUGGAUUCCUGCGUCCCGACAGCCUGGCGAUGCUGCUAGCAAUGGCCAAUGUGGGAGCGCACUCGCAGCUGCUAGUGCUGGACGGCACAGGGGGGCUCAUCACGGCUGCUGCCGCCCAGAGGAUGGGAGGCCAUGGCGCCAUCUGCAGCGCCUUCUAUGGCUCGCAUGUGUCCCACGCGCCCUCCAUCGACAUCAUCCGCCAUCUCAACAUCUCCCUGCCCGCCGCUGCCAUGUCAGUUGCUCUGCCGUGUGGAAUGGCAGUCAUGCAGCAGUGGCUAUGGGGACACGGCAGGCUCGCCAGUCUCAUAGUGACAGAGCCUGCUCGCUGCCCCUCUGCCUGCCAUGCUCCCUCAAUCUCAUGCCCCAAUCCCCUCUUUUCCCUACCCCUAUUUCAUCCCUCCCCAUGUCUAUCCCCUACACCUCCCCAGUCUCAUAGUGGCAGCGCCUGCUCUCUGCCCCUCUGCCGUGCUACAGCAGCUGCUGCCGCUGCUGCAGCCGUCUGCAGCCUUCGUGUUGCAUCACACCACGCUGCAGGUGAGCGGGUGGAUGGAGAGCAGGUGAGAGGGUGGAGAGCAGGUGAGAGGGUGGAGAGCAGGCGAUUGGGUCCUCUUUUAAGGCACCUCACAAGUACGCCGUCCUCCUUUCCCCACCCCUUGCAGCCGUUUGCUGAGGCAAUGCAGCCGUCCCUCAAGGCGCCUCAAAUGCCACUCGCAUCACGUGCGCUUGCUUUCCCUUCCCUCGCCCCCACCUUGCACCCCACAUGCCUGCCUUUCUCACCCCUGCAGCCGCCAGCAGAGGAGAUUUGGGCAUCAUUUGUACGCUUGCUUUCUCUUCCUUCGCCCUGCUUGCACCAUACACGCCUCCCUUUCCCCACCCCGACAGCCACUAGUGGAGGCAAUGCGGGAAGCAAGGAGCAGCACAGUGGCGAUUCAUGA